UUUUGUUCAACUUCAAAAUCUUCAAAACAUUAAACACAACAACAACAACAACCUGCGACUUACAGUUCAAUUUCGACACUUCCUAAAAUGAACUACUCUCCUACCUCCCUCACCUCCGACCAAGAACUCUCCGUCAUCGUCGCCGCUCUAACCAACGUCGUCUCCGGCUCAACCUCAACCUCAACCUCCACCUCCACCGCUAUUUCAAUACCUGAAUUUCGCAACCCCGAUCCAUUAGUUCCGUCCGCAACCAUGGAAACCUGCCGUGAAUGCAACAUAGCAGGAUGUUUAGGAUGCAAUUUCUUCCCGGAAGAGAACAAGAAAAAACAAAAGAGAGCAAAAAAGAAGUACAGAGGAGUGAGACAGAGACCAUGGGGAAAGUGGGCUGCUGAGAUUCGUGACCCGAGACGCGCCGCACGGGUCUGGCUAGGAACUUUCACCACGGCGGAGGAAGCUGCUAGAGCUUACGACAAUGCCGCCAUCGAGUUCCGUGGACCCAGAGCCAAGCUCAAUUUUCCACUAGUCGAUGAAUCGCUUACAAAGCAAGUCGAGGAGCCAGAAGUGGUUGUUCCUAGUACCGAGAAUGUCAAGGAUGAGAAUUUGAAUCAAGAAAUGCAAAUGGAUUGUGACUUUUGGGACAGGAUUGGGGAAGCUGAUUUUCAGCAGCUUAUGAGGUUUAUGGAUUUUGGCGGAGAUUCUUCUGAUUCAAGAACAGGAAGCACUUUUUAGUUCCUCAAUUUGAUAACAACGGAAGAGUUAUUUUUGAUAGUGUGUGUUUAUUUAAUUAGUUGUAGAAUUAGAAACGUGAUUUUAAUGUUUGAUUUUGCAGAGUAAUCUGCUUUGUAAAGUUUUGUACUUAAAGUGUGGCUUUUUAAUUAUAAAUAGUUAUGUUCUCUAA